GCAAUUGUCCACUUGUUACAAACCUUAACACUAGGUUAGAAUAAAUACUUCCGGAAAAAUAAAUAAAUAAAUAAAUAAAGUUAACAUAUGGUAUGUUCCUGACAUAUGGAAUUAAAUCUCACAGCUACAGGGAAUUACAGUGAAUGUAAUUGAUAAUGUAACACACGGAUGAUCCUCAGUCUCUCCAGAUCUUCGCUGCCAGAGGCAUUAAUGAGAGAGAGAAAAUGAACAGCAACCAGGAGGAAGUCGUGGUCCAUUGGUUUCGCCAUGGAUUACGUCUCCAUGACAACCCUUCUCUAAUUGAGGGCCUAUCAGAGUGUGACAAGUUUUAUUCUAUUUUCAUAUUUGAUGGUGAAGUUGCAGGAACCAACACAGCGGGUUACAAUCGGUUUCGAUUCUUGCUGGAAUGCUUACAAGAUCUGGACAAUAAUCUAAAGAAAGUUGGAACCCGUCUCUAUUGUUUUCAUGGGCAACCCACUGACGUUUUCAAACGACUCAUUGAGGAAUGGGGAGUGACUAAGGUGACUUUUGAGGCAGACCCAGAACCAGUCUGGCUGGAGCGGGACAAUAGCAUCAAGGAACUGUUAAGAGAGAGAAACAUCAAAUAUGUAGACAAAGUCUCGCACACUCUGUGGAAUCCAUACGAAAUAAUGAAGAGCAAUGGAGGAAGCCCACCUCUGACCUUUUCCUUGUUCAACCUUGUGACCUCCACCAUUGGAGAGCCACCCAGACCAGUGGAUGACCCAGACUUCACGGACAUCAGUCUCCCCGAUUAUAAGGAUCAUGACAAACAAUUUGGAAUCCCCACACUUGAGGAUCUGAAUGUCAGACCGGAAUGUGAGGAGCAGAAUAAUCGAAUUGUUGAGUGGGUUGGUGGGGAAACAAAGGCCUUGGAAUUAUUGGAGAGUCGAAUGAAACAUGAAGAAAAGGCCUAUGAGAAAGGUUACAUGAUGCCUAAUCAAUAUUUCCCUGAUCUUCUGUCUCCCCCGCUCAGUCUUAGUGCUCACCUCAGAUAUGGCUGUCUGUCCGUGCGUGUCUUCUACUGGAGAAUCCAUGAUAAAUUCAAAGAGAUGAAACCUUCUGUGUGUGCUCCUGUCUCCCUGUCAGCACAGCUUAUGUGGAGGGAGUACUUUUACACCAUGGCUAUCAACAACAUUCACUAUGACAAAAUGGAGCCAAACCCUAUUUGUCUGAACAUCCCGUGGUAUGAUAAUCCGGAACAUGAGGAGAAAUGGACUAAGGGUGAAACUGGCUAUCCAUGGAUUGAUGCCGUCAUGAAACAGUUAAAACAGGAGGGAUGGAUCCAUCAUGUCGCUCGUCAUGCUGUGUCCUGCUUUUUGACCCGUGGUGACCUUUGGCUGAGCUGGGAAAUUGGCUUAAAGGUAUUCUAUAAAUACUUGCUGGAUGCUGAUUGGUCAGUCUGUGCUGGGAAUUGGAUGUGGGUCUCUAGUUCUGCUUUUGAGAAAGUUCUUCAGUGCCCCAACUGUUUCUGUCCUGUCAGAUAUGGGAAACGUAUGGACCCAUCAGGGGAAUAUGUCAGGCGAUAUCUCCCAGUUUUAAAAGACAUGCCACUGAGGUAUUUGUUUGAGCCAUGGAAAGCUCCAUUAAGUGUUCAGCAGAAAGCAAAGUGCAUUGUGGGAGUGGAUUAUCCUAAACCAAUAGUGGACCACCAAGUGGCAUCCAAAGAAUGCAUUGCAAACAUGAAGGCAGUCAAAGAUGCUCUUAUGGGGAAAGACAUUCCACACUGUGCACCAUCAGAGGAAAUGGAGGUGAGGCAGUUCACAUGGUUACCAGAUCAUACCCCCUCUGGUGGUAAAUGUACAGCCAACUUCCUGUGUGAUGGAAUGAAAGAUAUGGAAUAGCUUAAGGAAGAUGACUUAACACUAAAUGGCUCUUAGGGUGUAUCACACCCACACACACACACACACACACACACACACAUAUGAUGUUCAUGAGAAGGUUGUGAACUUAUGAAUUAGUUGAAUUUGUCCAAAUAUGUGUAUUCAUAAUUUAAUUUUUCAUCUUGUAACACACAAUUUGAUUGGCUGAGCACACUGGAAAAAGUUCACAUAAUAUCAUAAUGUAACUUCAAUUUACUUGGUAUGAGUACAGUGAAACUUCUCUAAACCGGCCGGCUCUCGGACCGGAAAAAACGGCUGGUUUAGAGGGAUGGCUGGUAUACCGAGAAUUUAGCAAUUAUAGACGUUUUAUCUCAAUUUUCACAAAGUAGGUACUGUUCACUUUGAUCUGGUGAUCUAUGAUCAAUUAUCGGUGGAGAUUAAAUUAGUCCGCUGGUACCUACAGGUAAUUAUGAAUUACAAGAAAUAGUCUCACUGAAAUCAUCUAAUUUUAAACUGAAAGUCUAUAGAGAGAUACAAUAAAGAAAACACAGAGGCCUAUUAUUUGAAUUCCUCUUACCUAUAAAAACUGUUUACAUUCAUCGCUUAUGUCAUUAACAAUUUUGUUUUGACGUUUUUAAAAAGUACAGUAGUAAAUAUGAAAUUGUAAUUUGAAUAUUUUUAUGGAAUUUUAAGUCUGGAAACCAAGAAAAUUAAUCUAUCUUUUAAUAAUUAUCAUUAACAGUCAUGGGUUUGUUCUUUAUUAACUACCACUUAUAUCCAUACGAUAGUAUGUUGAAACAAUAUGGCGUUUGAUACUGUAUUCAUUCAAUAUGUUCCUAACUGUUUUAUACAUUUUGUACAGAAUUUGGAAGGGUCACUUGGAUUCUCUAAGUGUCCAUUAACACCCUUGACAGCACAGGUAAACAAUAGAAAUUAAAGAGGCCACUUGUGUUUUUCACACCUCCGGUUGAUAAUUUCCCACCUGGCCAGUUGGUCAGUCAAUUUGCACACCUGGACGAUCUUGAUCAACCUCUGGCCAAAUUUUCUUGUCUUCAAAAAGUGGAGGAUAUGUUAAGGGUAAAUUACACAUGUUUGUUAACAAAUGUACUUUAAAAAGUGGCCGAUAUCCGGUUUUCAGAGGUGGCCAGUUUUGUAAGGCUUUCUUUGUAUGGAAAUGUUAAGAUUUCUGCCGGGACUUUGAAAAUUGACCGAUAUUCAGGGAGAACCGGUUUUCUGAGGGACCGGUUUGGAGAAGUUUCACUGUAUAUGCCCUCUUGACAACCCAAGAUGUUGGUUUUUUUUUAAUUUUACAUUGCAACACUGUUAAGUUGUUAGACCUUCUAUGAAAUUGAGAAUCAACAGAAUUAAACAUGCACAAUGAUAUACUUUUAUUAGAAUUUUUUUCAUGAUUUCAAAGAAAACAUAUAUUUUCUAGCAAGUAACAUUACACAAACACUAACGGUAAAAAUUCAACACAAACUCUGAUACACUGAUACCAUAUACAAAAUAAUGGUACACAUGUAUACCAAAUAUCUGCAAAUUUUGUUGUUUCAUUAUAAAAUAUAUUUUCACUGGGGGGAGGAUUGCUUGAUCUGCCUGUCAAAGCAUAAAAUGCACCUGGUUUCUUGCAAAAUGUACCAGAUGAUGUCAUGUCACAUCGAUUAACAGUGGAUUGCUAUCUGUGAAUUGCUUACAUAUUUUACUGUGUCUGAUUUAAUUGGUGACAAUGCUACAUGCUAUGGUAAGUUAAAAUGCAGUUUAAAACUUGUAAAUUCAAAAAUCGCAAAUCAUAUUGCAUUUUCUGGUACAUGACGUAUUUUGUGUGAUGUCAGAUCUAGUCAGAGCGACUUCAAAAUUGAUCUUGCGCCGCGAAGUAAACAUUAGGCCUACAAAGGUAGCCUAUCCAUGUUACAAACUCCACCUCAUGUUUUCAAAUUUGAUAAAUAAAGUACCUGCUCCAGUUAUGUGAAGAACCAAGAUGGCUUCCUUCAUUGGUAUGUUGCUAAGCGAAUCUUUGCGUGGUGCAAGUAAUUUUUAUUUAUUAAUGUUUGCUAAACAUUUAUUUAAGCUAAGUGUUGUACAGUGUAGUCUUUUGGCAUUAAAUUAUAUGGAAUGAAGCUAAUUUUGACCAUUUUUACUGGAUAUAAUCUAACUUGGUGCAGUUUAUGCUAGCCUUCUUAUGAUCCGCUUUGUGGAUUAUAAAGCAGAAACUGGACAAGUUAGAUUAUACUGCAUAACAUAUAUGUAGAUCAAAUAUAGCUUAAUUCCUUAUAUAUCAAAAUAAAAUUUAAAUUAUUGAUAGGAUUUAGUUUGACAUCCUCCAUGAUUUUUAUGCUUGCGUCUUUUUUUUCUCUCCUCUUAUACUCACAACUUGGAUCUCUGACCAUAAAUUUAUGUUUGUUUGUAGUUCUAUGUUAUUUAUUGUCCUCGUGUUCCAAAUGUUAUAAAGGGUUUCAAGAGAAUAAAUGAACUUUAACUUGAAUUCUCUAUUGUUAAAAAAAAUUGUUAAGACAAUCACAUGUUUUAUGUUUCAUGUAUUGGAACAUGUGUUUGUUGGUUAUGUGUUGUGUACUUAUCGAUAAAAAAGAAUUUGUCCUAAACCUUAUCAUAUUGCUCUGAAGUAAUAUAAAGAAAAAAAUAUCUGUUUAAAAGUAUGCAUAUAUUUUUUCAUUACAAAAAUGUUACAUGCAUAUUCAAAGGAAGUGAAUGCUUUAUAUAUACCGAUGCUGCUUUGUAGUACCAUUGUUAUGUUUCAAAUUCUUCGGACAUUCUGUAUUUAUAUAUAUUUAGGAACCCAUCUGAGAUCACACAUUAUGGAUAUCAAUUAUUUCAAACUUCGAACAUGUUUAAUGUGUCCAUUUUGAGAACAUCAAAUCAAGGAUCUUUAUAUAUUGUAUCAAUAACAUUGUCUAUUGUAGAAAUAGUAAAACUGUUUUGAUUGUAAAUGUGAGUAAUUCUUUUGACGUUGUGUAAUAUGCAUACAUGUAAUUAUGAUAUUAAAAUACAUCAAUUUGUUGAAGCUUAAACUUUAAACAAUAUUUAAUUUAAA